AUGCAGGCCCUUUCCUCCGAAGGCCACUGUGAAUCAUCCGCCGAAAUAGUAGCUAUGCGUACCUCAGUCGACCUUGGGUCAUCUGCCCGAGAACGUUCUCUUCCCGUGGCAACAUUGCCUCCCGAACUCCUUGCCCACAUCUUCUCCUUCCACGCCAUCGGUUCUGAAGGCGACCGCCUCUACCGUAAAGGUCCCUUACCAACUUGGUUAGCUAUUUCGCAAGUCUGUCGGCGAUGGCGCGACGUUGCCCUGAACACUCCCCAUCUCUGGACGAACAUCCUGCUGUCAAACCGAUACUGGACGACUACCAUGCUUGCCCGUUCGAAAACCCUCCCCAUAUCCAUCAAUGCCGCCUUCGUCAAUCGGCCUUUGCAGGACGCCGUGUCCGAGGCACUCCUCCAAGUCUCGCGCGCACGGGAGGUUGUAUUGUCUUCGGGCAUCGUUCAGCGCUUAGUUCUCCCGUUGAGGGACCGACCAGCACAGGUACUCGAAACAUUAUCCCUCAGCCAAGCUGUCCUCUCCUGCGCGAUGCCAGACGAUCUCUUUGCGGGCGAGACGCCGAGGCUCACAUCGUUGACGCUGAAGCGCACCGAACUGAGAUGGUCGAGCGCGCUGUUGCGUCCGGCGCUUAGGCACCUCGAGAUCUGGGACGUGAGCAAAGAUAGCUUACCCACGAUGAACCAAGUCCUGGAUAUGCUCGAGACCAUGCACGAUCUACAGACUCUCAUCCUUGUCCGCGCCUUGCCUGGAGGAACCGACGUCGAUAAUGUCCAGACGCGGCCGGGUGGCUUCACCUUCGAAGACGAACGGGUCAUCACCCUUCCCGCACUUCGCAAGCUUCAUCUCGGUGGAGAAAUGUCGCAGUGUACAACACUCAUGGCUCACCUUUCCAUCCCACCCGAUGCCCAGGUAGAACUCGAAUGCACGCCUUCGCCUGAUUUUCCGGAUCUUCCUCCACCAGUUUCCACACUGGAAGCCGUACUCGCCUCCCAUUUCUCACGUCGAAACCAGUAUCGCAACUCACGCAUACCCACCUUCCAAAGUCUCUCUUUGGGCGUCACGUCCUCCGAUAUGGCCUAUUUCCACGCCGAUACCACCACGCCCUUGGAAGACAACGGUCACGCAUUCAGCGUUACAUUCCAAUCCGCCUCUGACGUAGCCGGUACUUCGAACGCGAAGCUCUUGCUAUCCAGUUUGUGUCGAGUUGUAAUCCUGAAGGACGUCCGGUCUUUGGAGGUUGAAGGUGCGGCCUUCACGGAAGGCGACAUCUGGCGCAACUUCUUUGGGUCGAUGAAAGACGUCGAACGGUUGUUCGUGGCCGGAGCUGCCGCGGACGGCUUCCUUCAUAGUCUUGCAUACAUCUCCCCUCCACCACCACACACCACAGAGAAUCCGCCGACUGACGCCGUUCUGGCCCUAUCACAACCCGAUGCUGAGCCGAUUUUGGGCUUAUUGGCGCAGUUGAAGCAGGUGGAGUUGGUGGAGGUGGAUCUCAGGACGGGAGUGGCAUCACGGUUAUGCGCAGGAUUGCGUACGAUGCAGGAUGUGAGUGGCUUAGAGACGUUGGUCCUCCGGAGCUGCGAAAUCUCCCAACCGGAUGUCGAUGGGUUGCGGCGAAUUGGAUUGGAGAUUGACGUUCGCAUCGUGUAGCGCUCGAGGGUCUAGCAUGGACUUUCUUAUACUCUCUGACACAAUUAGCACUAUGACAUAAU